GAAGUUUCCAGAUGGCUACUGCUCCAACUUGUCUAGAUGCGUAGACAUGAACAAACUUACCACGACGACGAGCAUGAAAACUCACGAUGCUCAUGUAAUAAUGCAAAGACUUCUACCAAUUGCACUAAAAGAGAUGCUCCCUGAACACGUAUGGUCCUGCAUGACUGAAAUCAGUUUGUUGUUUCAAUCGAUAUGUUCCAGCGUUUUGGAUGCGGCAUCCCUCCGGAGACUACAAGAGUCUGUUCCCAUUCUGAUGUGUAAUCUGGAAAAAAUAAUGCCACCAUCGUUUUUCGAUGCAAUGGAACAUCUCAUUAUACAUCUUCCGUAUGAGGCUUUGACUGCUGGGCCCGUCUUCUAUCGGUGGAUGUACAGAUUUGAAAGAUUUCUAGGAGAGCUGAAAAAGAAAGUGACCAACAAGGCACACGUUGAGGCUUCAAUUUGUCAAGCGUAUCUUCAACAAGAAAUCUCAACGUUCUCGUCUUUUUACUUCGAGCGUGAAGUCAUCACCAGAAGGAAGAGACCUGCCCGGAACGAUGACAUUGGCGAGGAUUUAUAUGAAAAUGUAGUUUCCAUCUUCAAUUACCCAGGCAGAGGUAAAGGUGCUGCGACACAACGAUACAUCCUGGGUGGGGAAUUGCAAAUUGCGCAUACUUAUAUCCUCAUGAAUUGUCCAGAAAUCUCACCGUUUUAUCAGUAAGUUAAAUUUGUAGUUAUAAUUGUAAUACUUAUAAAUUAAAUUUGUAGUUAAUUUAUAGUUUUUUUUUUUUAUUUUUGACUUCACAGUGAAUUCCGAGCUUCUUUAUCAGCCUUUCCUGAGAAUGAAAUAGAUGCGUUGGUGGACUCUGAUUUUGUAAAUUGGUACAAGUAUCAGGUAUAUAUACACACACAUUAAUUAUAUAUAUUACCUAAUGUUUACCUAAUGUUAUUAUUAUGUUUAUAUUUACAGAUCAAUAGUCGUGGGAUUGUCGACCCUUUGUUAGUAUCAUUAGCGUGGGGCCCAGGUGCCAGUGCCAAAGUGUGGCGGCAAUAUGUGAUAAACGGUUACACAUAUCACACAGCCGAUUACGGAGAGGGCCGACCAACAACGAACAGCGGGUUAUGUGUCCCGACCAUCGGUUAUGAUAACUCGGAAACCAGUUUUUUUGGUGUCCUGCAGGAGAUUCUGGAACUUGAGAUGCCUUCUUGUGCGAAAAAAUUGACAUGCGUUCUGUUCCGUUGCACAUGGGUCGACCCCACACGUGGC